AAUUUAUUGAUUUUUCUUACAAGGAAAAAAGAUUGAACUUUUUCCAUUGUAGUGGGUUCUAAUUCCACUUAAAGUCAAUGGAAUGCUUUGGUAUAGAUUGUCACCAAUCCUAACCCAUGUCAAUGUAUUGAGGUGCUAAUUAACCAAUAACAACAUAGUAACGUUGUUGAACUUGAAUUUGUGACAUUCAUGACACACUUGAAAUGUUUCAACUAUUUGCUUCAAAGAAGUGAGAGCAAAUUGGUUUAUGCUCCCAUUUUCAUGUAUCAUAGCAAAGCUCAGCCUCACAAUAAUAACCUUAAACAACCAAAACCAAACCAAACCCUUAAGAAAUACCUUGAAUGCAACAACCAUACUAAGGUGCUUCUACUCUUCAGAACCUUCUUAAGAAAAAAAUCAUCCACUUUCAACUCCAUUGAUAGUUUUUCUUGCCUAUAUGCCCUUAAAGCAUCUAUCAACAAGAAACAUUCCUCUAUCCAAGGAAAACAAUUGCAUGCCCUCAUCAUGAAAUUUGGAUAUGAAUCCAUAAUUCAACUCCAAACAUCCCUUUUGAAAGUGUAUGCUGAAGGGGGAAACUUAUUUGAUGCACACCAAGUGUUUGAGGAAAUACCCUCAAAGAAUAUUAUUUGUUGGACAUCAUUGAUUUCUGCUUAUGUUGGAAAUCACCAACCCAACAAAGGUUUGGAACUGUUUAAACAGAUGAUGACGAACAAUGUGGAACCGGAUCAAGUCGUCGUGACCGUUGCUCUCUCAGCUUGUGCUGAUACCGGGGGACUUGAAAUGGGUAAAUGGAUUCAUGAUGUCGUUCGACAUAAACACGGGAUGAAGACAGAUUUGUGUUUGAGUAAUGCGCUUAUAAAUAUGUAUGCUAAAUGUGGUGAUAUUGUAAAUGCAAGGAAGUUGUUUGAUAGCACAAGAAACAAAGAUGUCACAACUUGGACUUCUAUGAUUGUAGGCCAUGCACUACAUGGCCAAGCACAUGAAGCUCUCCAGCUUUUCUCUCAAAUGAACACAAAGAGGGAUAUGACAAAAUCGAGUUCACCCAAAUUUAUUGCAUCUCCGAACGAUGUAACGUUCAUUGGAGUUUUAAUGGCUUGCAGCCAUGCAGGAUUGGUUGAGGAAGGGAAACGUCAUUUUAGAAGUAUGACAGAGGAGUAUGGUAUACAACCAAGAGAGCCUCACUUUGGCUGUAUGGUGGAUCUCUUAUGCCGUGGCGGGCAUCUGAGAGAUGCUUACGACUUCAUUAUGGAGAUGCCUGUAGAACCAAAUGCGGUAAUCUGGCGAACCUUGCUUGGGGCAUGUAGCCUUCAUGGUGAUUUGGAACUAGCCACAGAAGUUCGGCAUAAGCUACUUAAGUUGGAUCCUGGCUAUGUUGGUGAUAGUGUUGCUAUGUCAAAUAUUUAUGCGGACAGAGAUAUGUGGAACGAAAAGAUUACUGUUAGGAAUCAGGUUAAACAGUCAAGAACUCCUGGCUACAGCUCAAUCGAAGCGGGAAAGGUUGUUGGUCAAUUUAUAACUUCAAAUGAUAAUAUAUGAUGUUCUUGAGCAUUUGAUCAAUAUUGAUCACUUGUAUUACACCAGUUAAGAAUCAAUACUGAACUUGUAUUUAGCCAGUUCAUCUCUGAAAAUUAAACUAUUUCACAGAAAAUUAAACCAGUUCGAUUUGGAAGAUUGGUUUCGCAUGCCAAACCAAAUUAUGCCCUCCCCUAGACUGCUAAACUGAUAUUGUAAAGAGAAGUAAGCUGCAAACUAUUCUUCCAUAAUAAGGAUAAGAAAAGAUCAAGUUUUAACCUGACAAAUAUAGUUAGCUAAUUUGU